CUUAAAUUGCUUAUUUAGCAACUAUGGAUGAACAAAGAGCCCACCAUUCUUCGUUUCCUCUUCAGAAGCCAAGCGAAGAAGAUUAGGUUGCACCAGGGACAGUUCUUGAAAAGUAAAAGCUACAAGAUCAUCUGGAGCCACGUUUAGAGAGCAUCGCCGAGCUCAGCCAUUGAAAAUGAACAAUUUGGGUGCUUCAAAUCGUUCUACAACUACGAACAAUAUGAACAGUUUGAAUCGGACUCAGGAAGCUGUGAGAGUGAAUAUUCCAGGACUGAACACAUCAUCAUCAUCACCUGGUCAAAUGUUCACCCCUGGAAGAAACGAAUACCUAGAUCUAUGUGUACCUCUGUAUCAAGCUGCUUUGAAAGGUGAAUGGGAAGCGGCUAAGUUAAUAAUUGAUAACAACAAUGAUAUUGUCCGAGCAGCAAUUACACGUAACCAGGAGACGACUCUCCACAUUGCUGCUGCUACCAAACACAAAGGGUUUGUGAAACAUUUGCUUACAAGAAUGAGUAAAAGUGACCUGGCCCUGAAGAACAAAGACGAGAACACAGCUCUUUGUUUCGCUGCUGCGUCGGGAAUAAAAGAGAUGGCUGAAAUGAUGUAUGAUAAGAAUGAAGGUCUCCCUAUGAUUCGAGGCAAUGGAAAAGUGACUCCACUUUACAUGGCUGAUCUGUUUGGUCACAGAGAGAUGGUUUUGUACCUUUACGACAAGACGGUCCUUGGAAGUCUAGGUGAUUCUGAACUUGUCAAUCUCUUUCAUGCUAUCAUAGGAGCUGAUAUCCAUGAUGUUGCAUUGAUGAUGUUGGAGAGGAAGCCGGCACUAGCCACUUGUCAAAAUAGCAGUGGAGAGAUUGGUCUGCACUUAAUGGCCCGUAAGCCUACAACAAUUGGCCGUGAGAGGCAGCUCAAUCACUUUAAGAGAUUAGCAAAUACCAUUUUCAAAGAUAUCUUCUCUGAGGAUAAAAUGCAGACUUUGGCUCAUCAACUGGUUGAGAAUAUGUGGAAAUUAGUUGUGAGGCAGCCUGAGAUGAAGGUUACCGAAUUACUAAGGACACCAACGAGGCUACUCUUUGACGCUGCAUCAUCGGGAAACGUUGAGUUUCUAGUGAUUCUAAUCCGUUCAUAUCCUGAUCUUAUAUGGAAAGUUGAUGAGAAGAACCAAAGCUUGUUCCAUGUAGCUGCAUUGAACCGUCAUGAAAGCAUCUUCAAUAUCAUCUACGAACUUGGUUCGAUCAAAGAUUUGAUAGCAGCUUAUAGAGAAGCUGUUAAAAAGAUUGUACCAAAUUCAUACAUCAAGGCCAAAAAUAGCGAAGGCAAAGUGGCUCAUGACCUCUUUACUGAGCAACACAGAGAAUUGAGGAAAGAAGGAGAGAAGUGGAUGAAAGAUACUGCAACCUCAUGCAUGCUUGUUUCUACUUUAAUAGCUACUGUGGUUUUCGCUGCGCCUUUUACAGUACCAGGCGGAACCAAUGACACAACAGGGGUUCCCAUCUUUAAGGAGAAGCUGUGGUUUGAUGUUUUCAUAGUAUCAGAUGCCAUUGCUAUGUUUUCUUCCUCGGUUUCCAUUGUGAUUUUCCUCUCAAUCCUCACUUCAAGGUAUGCAGAAGAUGAUUUUCUUGUAUCGUUACCUUCGAGACUGAUGUUGGGACUGUUGGCCUUGUUUGUUUCUAUCAUCAGCAUGGUUCUGUCGUUUAGCGCGACACUGUUCUUGAUCAAAGACUGGAGAUUCUUGUGGAACCUAACACUCCUUGUCUGUAUUGCUUUCGUCAUCUCUCUGUUAUUUGCUCUGCUACACAUCCGUCUUUGGUUUGACACUCUUCGCUCAGCGUAUUGGUCCAAGUUUCUCUUCCGGAGACGUAGCCGGAGAUUAUAUCUCUGAAGAGGAUUUGCUUUUAGUUUUCUUGAAAGAAAUAUCUUUCCUUAUCUUCUUAUUUCAUUUUGUUUUACUCUCUGUUUAAUUUGAAAAGGGACGUGGUUACCAUACAAGAACCGGUUCCUUUCUAUUAUUGUCAUUGAAUAAAUAAGUCAUGUUGUAUAUUUAUGUUCGUUUUUAGAAUAACAUUGUCAUAACCAUGGAAAGAGAUUUGGAUCCUGAAGAAGCUGUAACAUAAGAGAAA